CUCUUGCAGCCUUUUCCUCUUUCCCUUUCUGUGCUUGGUCUACAGCUCCAAUUCUCCCAUCUUCAUAAGUUGUUCUUGUGUUUCUACAAGCCUCUUUGUCUUUGCAAUUUGAUCUUCAUUUCUAUUUGCUCUGUUUUAAUCCUUUUUCCACUACUUUUCCAUCCUCUCAUGGAUUUCGUUGGACCAUUUGUAAAUAUUAUCGACACAUAUCUGAUUGCUCCCCUUGUUCGACAAAUAAACUACUUGAGAAGCUCCAAUGACAGUAUUAAUGACCUGCAAAUUGUAGUUCAAAAUCUAACAGCAAGGAGGAAUGAUGAACAAAGCACUCUAAAAGCAGCAGAAAACGCUGGACAAGUGAAGACUGAUGUAGCGAGCAAUUGGUUCGAGGCCGUCCGUAAAAUCGAAAUGGAAGCCGCCGAUGUCAUAGGAACAGAGUAUAAUCAAGGGACGUGUGCAAGGAGUUGGUGUUUGAACUGUUGGUCACGCUAUAAAUUGAGUAAGAGUUCUUUAAAUCUCAAGCAAAAGGCUAAUGAUAGGCUCAACGAACAAUUUGUUGUGGCAAGGCCGCCUUCUCCAAAAUCUGUGAUAGAGAUGCCAACAGAACCAAUCGAGAAUCAGCCAUCAACUCAACGCAUGCUGCAACAUAUGGUUGAUUGUAUACGUGAUCCAGAAAUUGGUAUCAUCGGAGUUUAUGGUAUGGGGGGAGUGGGUAAAACUACUCUUGCAAAAGAAGUAAACAAUCACUUCAAAAAUGAAGAUUCUAGUUUUGAGACUGUGAUAAUGGUCACAGUGUCUGCAAUUCCCAACAUACAAAGUAUCCAAUCCAGUAUCGGUGAGCGCCUUGGAUUACCGGAUAAUAGUAGGGCUGAUGUAUUGUUUGAAGCCCUAAGGAAGAAGAAAUUUCUUCUAAUUUUGGAUGAUGUGUGGUGCAAAUUAAAGCUCGAAGAUGUUGGAAUACCUCACCCUCGAAACCAUAAAGGGAGCAAGAUUCUAGUGACCAGCCGGAGUAAAGAUGCUUGCACUGAUAUGGGUGCUAGAAAAACAAUAAAAGUGCAGCCAUUAUCAGAGGCUGAAUCAUGGAAUCUCUUCGUUGAAGUAGCCGGUGAACAUGUAGCUCUUGAUCGUAUAAAGUGCUUUGCUCAAAAAAUUGUUGGAAGGUGUAAGGGUCUCCCCCUUGCAAUUGUCACUGUUGGUCACGCAAUGGCAAAUCGACAUGGGGUGGGAGAGUGGGCAAAUGCGGUGAGGGAAAUGGAACUAUCAGCCACAGAUCUCCGAGGUAUGAUAGAUGAAGUACUUGUUCCUUUAAAAUUCAGUUUUGAUAAAUUGGAGGAUAAUAUGCUUAGGAGUCUAUUUCUCUAUUGUGCCUACUUCCCUGAAGACCAUAGCAUAAGAGAAGAUGAGAUGUUAAAUUAUUGCGUUGGAGAGGGAUUUGUAGAUAGAUUAGGUAGUUUGACAGCUACCAAGAAUAAAGGUGAGGCUUUGAUAGGAAGCUUGAAAAUUGCUUGCAUGUUGGAAGAUGGAGAGGGAAAAGGUAGUGCGAGGAUGCAUGAUAUGAUGCGAGAGCUUGCAUUUUGGAUGACAUCUUCAGAGUCUGAUAGUAGCUCCAAGUUCUUGAUAAGGACUGGUGAAUCAGUUGAAGAGGCACCACAGGCUCAUGAGUGGAUAGAUGCAACAAGGAUUUCGCUAAUAGAUACCCAAAUAAAGGAAUUGCCGGAGUUGGGAGAGACGUGCCGAAAACUAACCACUUUGCUAUUCAUAAAGAAUAGGAUCCUAACUCUUGUUCCCCCAACAAAUUUCUUGGAACAAAUGGUUCAUGUUAGGGUACUUGAUCUUUCUUAUGCACUUUCAUUGGAAUCUCUCCCGGAUUCCUUGUCAUGUUUGGUGAAUCUUCGGAUGCUUAGGCUACGGUGUUGCUCAAGUUUGAGAUCAUUGCCUCCAUUGGGAAUGCUCCAACAGCUCCAAGUUUUAGAUUUAUCUUAUUGUCGAAAGUUAGAGCAGCAAAUCCUCGGAUCUGUAUGUGGUGGAGGUGCAAGUAAUUUGAGAUACUUAAAUGUGGAACAGAGCAAAGUUUCUAUUCCAAUGGGGGUAAUUUCUUGUUUGCAUAAAUUGGAGGAAUUGAGAUUGUUGAGAGCGAAAAAAAUAAAAUGGAAGCUGAGUUCUGAAGAUGAGGAGAAGAGAAAAAGUGGGUUUACUAGUGAAGACUUCAUCAUUGAUGUGGGGGAGUUGUCUCACUUAACCUGUUUAACAUCUCUUUCCAUUUCCUUCAAAGAUAUUAUUAUUUCUGAUUGGUUCAAACCUCUUGCAAAGAAGCUUAUGAGAUUGGGGCUGAAAAAUUGCACAGUAGUAAAACAAGAAGCUCUACAAGCUCUCAAUGAAUCUCAAAAUCUACAGGUCUUAAGAAUUGAGAAUUGCCCAGGUGUGACAUGUGUGCGAAUGGGUAUUGUAAGUACUGUAUUAAUAAACUGUGAAGAUUUGGAGGUGGUGUUGGAUGGAGAAGAGGUCUACCAUCAAUAUUCCUCUAGCAUGUCUCUAAUAAGAUUGCCAAAAUUGAAAAGGAUAUGUGUUAGUCUGGAACCAGUAAAUUUCUUUGCUCAACUAUCCUGUAUAAGAUUAGAGCAAUGUAAUAGCUUGAAGAUGGUGUUCACCAAGGAAAUGCCACGCCUGUUCAACAAGUUGGACAUUAUUACUGUUAAAUCUUGUGAUAGAAUGGAAGUAGUAAUUGAAGCAGAGGAAGAAGUUGGGGAGUUGGAAGUUAUCUCAGCAUUCCCAAGGUUGAAGACUUUAGAGCUACUGAACUUACCAACACUAGUUGAUUUGUGCAACAAUCAAAUCUUGUAUUGCCCCCUUAUAGAAUAUGUGAAGGUGAGAAACUGUCCGAGACUAAAGAAGGAUCCUCUCCACAUACGAAAUGCGGAUGGGUUACUUGUCAUCGAGGGGGAACAGUGGAUAAAAGGCGAUGAAGUCAUGGAAGAGGAAAUCCAAGCUUCUCUGUAAGCG